AGCAUUAAUUAUAAAGGACUGAAGUAAAAAGCUAAGAAAGAAGAGAGGAACAGAGAGAAGGCCUGCAAAGAAACCUCUCUUCUUUGAAUCUCUCUAAUACAGACGUUUUUACAAGAAUUCUCUUUUCUUCUCAUUUCAGCAUUUCCCUCCUACCUUUGUUUAUUGAGAGAAUUAACUUAAUAUUUGAGACGUUUACCAUGAGUAGUCUUCGUGUUAAUUCAUUUCAUGAUUUUGUUCCUCCUUCAACAUCAGAACAAUCGUAUGAUGAUUCAGCUUUAGAAGGCGUUGCUGCCAAUUUUAAGUUAUUGCUAAAGCUAAUUCAAGAUCACAAAGAUGCUUGUAACAAAGGUAGCACCGAUGGCCUGAGAAUGUUGAGGGUGGCGACGAUGAUGACUAUUCUGGAUAAUGUUAGGACACGAUUUCAGAAAUGUCAAUCCUUUGGUGACAAGAGAUCGUUAAAAUCUAAACUAAGGCGUUGUUACACCGACAUUAAACUUACUAGCAAUGUGCCUAAGGACAAGAAGCAGCAUGAGCCAAUGAUGGAUGAAAAAGAAAGAUUAAAGAGUCAGCUUAACGCGAGCUUGGUAGCACGGAAGAGCCUCGAGGUCAUGUGUUCAAGUUUAGGAAAAGAGAAAGAAAUUAUGGCAGCAGAGUUAUCAAAGAAUGUGCAUGAAUUGAAUGAAAUGGAGGAUCUUAUAAAUGAAUUAAGAGAGCAGAAUGAGUGUUUAGUGGAAAGGUUACAUGGAUGCUGCAUAGAGCAAAAAGAUAGGAACUAUAAUAGGAAUGGAGGAAAACAAAGGAAUGUUGCCCUUCAAGACAGGAAUAGGGCACUUUCUGAGCAACUACUGAGGUCACUUGAUGGAUAUCAAUCCAUGAAGAGGAAAUGGAAGAAUGCGUAUGAGGAUAACACAGCAAUACGUUCAACCUUAGAGGAAAUAGGAGCUAAAAUUAAAUCCGGGUUCAACAGAAUCCACCGGUUAAGCGAACAAAUCGCGUCGGAGAACAUGUCCUUGGUUGAUGUCCAAGAGGAGAUUGUGGAAUUGGAGCAUACUUUUGAAAGCUUUGAGAUGCUUGUUGCAAAACAUGGUCAAAUGGAAUGUGUCAAAUUAAAAAGAGAGAUCAAUGGUGACAAGUCUUCGGUUCUUGCUUGAAAAGACAGGGUAACAUAGAAUUUAGCAGACAGAACGAUCCAGAGUUCAAAUUUCGUUAUUUCAUUUAGAUGGAAAAUGGAAACCAAAACAAAUUAAUUUUUUGUUAAUAAUUAUUAUAAUGAAAGGAAUCACGUAUAUUUUAUAAAUGACUCUAAUACUGUAGAAUUUUUCCUGCAGUUCUGUAUUGUGCAGUAUCUGUUUUACUGACUUAUGUGGGAAGCUAACGGCUAAAGAUGUAGUGCAGGCCACUACCAGUCAAUGACAUCAAUAAUUUGGAUUCAGGAUAUCAACUUUUAAGUGCUCUGUUAAUAUGGAAACUAUGAUAAAACAAAGUGUGAUCCACUUUUCCCUAAAUGGUUGGUAGAGAGGGGAUAGGGACACACAUUGAUAUACUGAUUCAAAGCGAUUAAAUUCUUCUGUAUGUGU